AUGCAUGUGAAUGAGACCAAAUUACCUGUGACAGUUACACGACGACGCGUUACGGUUUCUGGUGUUAGUGUGAAUCCGAACGUGAAUCACAUUAUUCCAAAAGACGUCAUUGAACCGAAAACUAGCCCGUUCUUAUCGUUUGCAAAUCUUUCUGCGUCAUUGUGGUCUUCUGCGCAAGGAACCGAUGAAUUUAUUAACAGCCAAAUGUCAUACCUAAGGCUUUUGUUCACACAGUAUGUAACAUUUUCUCGGUUGAAACCAGUUAUGAAGCGUGGACGAAAAGCGAAUUAG